UUUGCAAAUAUUGGGGCCGCUCCUGCGCCAGGUCCGCCGGCCGCGGGAGGGGGGACAGCCGCGCGCCCGCCCCGGGAGACGUCCUGCCCUGCUGUGCGAUUAAACUUUGCAUGAAACUUUGGGUCUUUUUUCCUCCCCGAGCUCCUCAAGGAAUUAAUACAUAUAUCUAUAUAUACAAUUUUAUUUUUUUCUUCUUUUUUUCAUCUCUGGAGGAAGGGGGGGGGGCUUGGAAACUGAGAGCAGAGGUUGACACCCCCCCGCACACACCCCGCAACCCCUGCACAUAAAGGAGGCAUCUGUAUUUUUGGUAACCAGCACUGACUUUGUUGUUGCAACUUGAGACAUGGAUGUUCUCCCAAUGUGCAGCAUCUUCCAGGAACUCCAGAUUGUGCACGACACGGGUUACUUCUCAGCCUUGCCGUCCCUGGAGGAAUAUUGGCAACAGACAUGUUUGGAGCUAGAACGAUAUCUUCAGAGUGAACCCUGUUAUGUUUCUGCAUCUGAAAUCAAAUUUGAUAGCCAAGAGGAUCUCUGGACCAAAAUUAUUCUGGCACGUGAGAAAAAGGAGGAAUCUGAACUGAAGAACACAUGUGUCCCAAAGGAGGACAAUCUUGCUAGUCAGAACUUAGAGACCAACAGUUUGAAUUCUGACGUGAGCAGUGAAUCUUCAGACAGCUCUGAGGAGCUCUCGCCCACGACAAAGUUUACCUCUGACCCUAUAAGUGAUGUUUUAGCCAGUUCAGGAAACUUGAGUUCAUCUGUCACUUCCACUCCCCCUUCGUCUCCUGAGCUGAGCAAGGAGCCUUCUUCCCAGAUAUGGAAUUGUACGCCGGGUGAGUUGCAUUCACCAGGGAAAAUCCGUACCGGUACCACUGGAAAGACUGCAGAAAAAGGUACACCCUCCAAUGGUGACACCUCGCCAGAUGGCAGAAGGCGUGUUCACAGGUGUCACUUUAACGGUUGCAGGAAAGUUUACACCAAAAGUUCACAUCUGAAAGCACAUCAGCGCACUCAUACAGGGGAAAAGCCUUACAGAUGUUCAUGGGAAGGGUGUGAGUGGCGUUUUGCAAGAAGUGAUGAAUUAACCAGACACUUCAGAAAGCACACUGGUGCCAAGCCUUUUAAAUGUAGUCACUGUGACAGGUGUUUUUCCAGGUCUGACCACCUGGCCCUUCACAUGAAGAGACACCUCUGAAUGGGUCAAGAGGUGAAUCCUGCGGGCUAAGAGGCGUCAAGGUUGAAGAGCCUUGAGCAGAGGGAUGCGUGUUCCAGCCAAAGCAUGCCAUUUUGCACCCUACCCAGUUGCCUCCAGGACCUCACUUCCUUGAAGGUCUUUUGAGGGCUAAUAAGUCAUGUAAGAACGGCAUAGCAACCGCGGUGCGUGAUGUUUGGGGUUUCCUGGACUCAUACACUGGUAUCUAACCUUCUGAGUGGCUCCUAAGCCUUUGCCGUGAGCAUGUGCACUGAGAAUGUUAAUGAUUGGGCGACUGUAUGCGAUGAGGAUCUCUUGAUGACUGUAUGCUGAGGCACAUUUUUUUUCUUGUGGUUGUUUUAUAACUGUAAGAGAAAAAAAAUAGUCUGAAUGUCUUGUAUGUGAGGAAUAUCUCGUGAGAUGGGACGACCACCAAUCAUUUCCAAGGGG